CAAAAGAUGAGCCGCCGGAUUGCUCACGGCGCAUUCGCUGUAGGCUGUAGGCAACAACACCGCUCCCAACGUUUCAUCGUUUACGGCGUUGAAAAGUUCAUAAGCGUGGAGCGUCCUCUAAAGGGCGGGACUAAGUCUCGGGCUGAGCUGGAGAAAAUCAUGCUCGAGUUCGACAAAGACAAGGACGGUCAGCUUAGUCCUGAAGAGCUUGGCAUGGUCAUCGAGAAGCUCGCCGCUGCUCGCUCCAACAGAAAAGUCCUCAUGGGCGUUAUUAUCGGCUUUGUAAUCUUCAGCAUCCUGCUAAUCGGCGCGCUGAGCGGCAUGACGUGGGGUGUGGUGGCCGCCCUCAAGGAAGAGGAGAUUCGUGGCGGUAAGAUGUACGACAUUGAGGAUCCUACGCAAGUCGUACAAACUGCCAACAGCGACAUGUCGGUUAUCGGAGGCGUACUGGUCAAUCGUCAAGCAUACGAGGCAACGAAUGACCCGGAUAACUCAACCGCCCUACCCGGCACCGGCAACACCCCGCACGCCAGCACCGUCCUCCGUACCGCUGCCUUCGUGGGCACACCCCAGAAGUUCAGUAGCCAGAUCCCGGUGAAGUCCCUCAUGGAGCUCAAGUACCUGUACAUCAAAGGCGCUGGCGAGGUCGAGGUAGCCAUGACGGUGCUGGGAGUGGCGCGUGUGCCGCAGGCGGGCAGCGCGCACGGUACCGUCGUGCACAUCCUCACGCUGGCAGGCACCAUUACCCUGGACGGCACGGCCAUUGACUUUGCGGAGAACCUGGCGCCCGUGUUCGUGCAGGCUGGCUUCCAAGUGUCAGCCAACCGCCGCAGCCUGCUGGGCGCGUACGACAUCCUUGGUUUCUUCAACUUCAUCGAGGAUGUGGACAUCUUCAACAUGCCCUCGGGAGAGCCCCGCCCCGCACUGCCCAGCGGAGAUUUCAGGAUGCAGAUCAAGGUUUUCGACAUGUGCGCUGUGCCGUACAACCCCACCAAGGACCGCUGCGCCUACCUGCCCGGUUCCGCCAUCCCGCCUCCCAUGCCACCACCUGCCACCUACCACUUCCACAUGCCUCCUCCCGCUGGCGCCCCGGCUUCCGACAUCAACGACACCACCACCACCACCGGUCGGCGCCGGCUGGCCGAGACCGGCGAGCGGCGGCAUCUACUGGUGACCUCCGACACCACCACAAGUGACGGACUGGACUUGGCCGGCACCGCCAUCGUCAACGGCACCCGCUACAUGGUCCACACCGAGACCACCACUUACUACAAGGGCCUCACCCGCACUGUCUACGAGUACGCGAUGUUCCCUGACUAUGUCAAGGUUGAGCUGUACGACAACAAGACCGAGGUCCUCAACUCUUGGACGCAGGAGGUCAACGCGACGGCCACGACCCCCGCCACCUACUUCUGCCGCACUAAGCCGCACACCGUGCUCGGCAGCCUGGGGAACGCCAACGAGUCCCUCGUGAACUUCACCUUUGUCGGAUACGAGGAGCACUUUGGCCGGUCCGCCCGCCACUUCAAGCUGGUGGUGAAGCAGCCCGAGCCGCCGAGCGCCCUCAAGGAGAAGACCAAAGUGCCGCCGCUGUCCUCGCUGCUCACCAUUGACUACUGGGACUCCCGCGCGGGGGCCAUUCCUCUGGGCUUUGAGUUCGACCACCCCUGGCUGGGCCGUACCAUGAUCAACGUGACCGAGUUUGUGCAGCUGAGCGACUCCGACAUCAACCCCAAGGAUUUCGUCUAUCCGCUGUCUGUCGCCGGCGCCACCUGCGCCAACGAUACCUCCGUGCCCAUCCUCAAGUCGCCCUUCGCCCUGCCCAGCACAUUCAAGGUCAAGAACCAGACUCUUGACAAGAUUGUCCAAGCAAGGAUGAAGGCCGCGGGCAGGAGCUACAGCCACCUCUUCAACAAGACCAAAACCAGCAGCAGCUCUGGUCGCCGCCGGCUUUCGAACGGGGGCAACGGGGGCAUGCGCGAGGCAUACGUGCUGCCCCCCCGAGACCUCAUCUCACUCUCCUCAUCCUCCGCCUCAUCCGCUGCCUCUCUGGGUUUUGCCAGCAACACCAGCGGUGCCGGCUUCUCGCACCGCCGGUCUCUGACGGACGCCGUCCUCACGCUGCCCAACCAGCUGGAUUCUAAGAUGGCUUGCGGAGCGCCCGCCGCCUUCCUCAACAUCUUCGAUAUGGAGCCCUGCAAGUUCGAGUAUGCCUACGUGGGCCAGCUGUACAACUAUCUGUACAUGAUGGGCUCGUGCGAGGCAGAACUCGGCGAAUGGCCCAUCGUGCUCGAGGGAUCCGUUACUUUGAACACAUGCCCCUCAAACUUCACCCUCCAAGGCUGCAUUUCCGUCAGUGUCAGCAUUGACGCCUACAUCAAGGAGUACCUGGAGAUCGACUGGCUGGAGUCGCUGGCCAAGUCCUUCCAGCUUGCAAGCCCCUUCUCAAUAGAGAUUUGCGUCGGCUGGCGGCCGUACGACAGCCUCGUGUACGUCAGUGGCGAGCUGGACAUCGCGAUGCCCUGGUGGAAGAUUGCGCUGGAGACCGAGCUCGACUUCCGCACCAGUCGCGUUUCCCUGGAGGGUAUUACCCUGACGGGCGAUGUGGGCGUCAACAUGUACUUCUGGUCGUACUGGAUCGAGGUGGCGAGUUUCACGUUCAUGGAGGAUUACACCAUCUGGCAGAGCUCAGCCAGUUCUGGCGGCGCGGCCGCUUUGGCGGUUGCGACCCCCGUCAUGCACCACACUCCCGCAAGCCAGUACCUUGUGGGCUGCUACGGCGACUACUGGAACCGGCGCAUGAACUUCCUGUUCUCCGGCUCGGGCAUGACCGUGAAGGCGUGCAGGCAGAGCGCCAUCGCGAACGGCUACCGCUACUUUGGCAUUGAGUACGCCUACGAGUGCUACGGCACUAACGACAUGUCAACCGCCAUCGCCUUCGGCCAGACCAACACCUGCACCAUGUACUGCAGUGAUGGCCUCGUCUGCGGCGGCUCUUGGGGCCUCAGUAUCUACGACAGCGGCUAUAUUGGCUGCUUCACGGACAACUCUACCCGCAUGGUGCCCGUGCUGCUGGCGCGUGACGCGUCCAAUGCGAACUUCGAUUACUGCCGUCAGGUCGCGCAGGUGGCGGGCUACAACUACUACUCCAUGCAGGGCGGCUGGGAGUGCUGGGGAACCAACGACGUCCUCAAGGCCGCAUCUUUGGGUGCCUCCAACGCUUGCAACGAGGGCUGCAUGAUGGGGAACGGGGACAUCUGUGGCGGCGCCUGGGCCAACAGCCUGUUCCAGACCAUCCCCAACCAGAACGGCACGUACUUCCUGUACAACAAGCUCAACGCCAGCUCCUGGGUUGGCUGCUACGCCGACAACCCCCAAGCGCCCGUCAUGACCUUCAUCAACACCGCGCCAGUCAUGACGGUUACCAAUUGCCGCACGUCCGCAAUCAACUGGGGCUUCCGUUUCUUCGCCAUCCAGAACGGCACGAUCUGCUACGGCUCCAGCAACUACAACGAGGCUACCCUCCAAGGGCCCAGCAACGCCUGCACCCUCAACUGCACCAACGAGGGCGGCAGCGCCUACACCUACGCCAACGCCUGCGGCAGCCCCAUCACCGCCACCAGCGCCACCACCUCGGGCGCCACCGCCAUCUCCAUCCAGGACAGCGGCUACUUGGGCUGCUUCAAGGACAGCAACAUCACGGACUUGGUGCCCAACCUGCUCAAGAACGAUACAAUUGGAAUGACGCCUGACAACUGCCGCAACAGUGCCAUAAACCACGGUUACGACCUUUACGCGCUGCAGAACGGCACUCUGUGCUUCGGCGCCUCCUACAGCACCGGCCUGACCCAGGCAAUCUCCAUGGGCCUGGCCUGGAACUGCAAUGUCACCUGCACCGGUACCACCGACUUCAUGUGCGGUGGUGUGUACGCCAACAGCAUCUACCAGGUGGUGAUUGCGCCAUACAGCUCCACCACCGGCGGCUUCUCUAACACCACCACCACCAUCACCGCUCCCAAUCAACCGCCCUCUCCUCCCUCUCCUGCCCCUCCGCGCUCCACUUCCGGCUAAGACGUCUGUCGUGACGUCAAAGAUGGGAGAUAGGAAGGAGCUGCAAGGUUUUCCGCUCUCCGUUCGCCACCAGCUCGCUGCAUACUCUUCACAUGCGUCACUGCAGGAUGUGUCCGCCCGCAAUCGCAAGAAGGAAUUUGCAACUUUCGCAGCGACCCAUGAUGUGUUUGUUAGCUGCCCUUCUGCCGAUACAGCAGGCUGCAUACCCCUUUGUGAUUCAACAAUGCAGAUUCGGCAGUUCAGGGCUCGGAAGCGCGUGAUAGUGUGACACUGUGUGACACUGCGACCUCCCUAUAUACCUAUCUGCGUGUGUUGGGCUGCGUACGGCGCUGCGUCUCCGUGUAUGUGCGCGUGAUGCCUUCGUACUUCAGUUCCUUAUGUGGAGGCAAGGCCAUAUGAUAGCCAUGUGCGACUACCAUACAUGCUUAACGUGACCUGGCACUUAACUUUGCCGCCGUACUAUGGCCCGGGCGUUCCUACCGGCAACCCGCCCUAUCAGUUCUCUGAACUUUGGGUAUGUGAGAUGAAGCCCCGGUUGUCCGGUGUGAGCCUCGCCUGGUCUCUGGUAGUAUCAUGUCAUGUGCCAGGAGGGUUGCCGCAUGCCCUCUGUUGUUAUCUCUUAUCUGUUCCUCGUCCCUCCAAUAAUGCCCUUGGGGGAUACAACCGCAUACUGCAUACGAACAGCUGUACGAACAGCUGUACCCCAAUACUCGCGGCCAGGAUGUGCUGCGGGAGGCAGUCGUGCGAUGUCGUGACGGGGUGCGCCCUGCUGUUACGGUCUGGGUCGGCGGCAAGGUGUGGCUUACCGCCCGUCAUUAUAAGUUAUACUGCUUGCCUUGUCUUGCAAUUGCGUUCGUUUGGGUGUUAGGGCGCUGAAAUCUCUCUUUCCUAGUCGCCAUCGUGACUAUUCCUCCUUCCAAGGCGUCGGCCCUUUGACGUGUUUUCGAGGGUUUGGAAUUGUGGUGCUGGAAAGCGUGCCACUCAUGCCCCCAACUUGUGGCGUGUUUAAAUCUGAGUUUACACCACAUUGUGCUGUUCCUGUGUACUGAUUGAGC